AUGUUACCAUCUUCUGCAUACCAAAUAGCAAAUUAUACAGAGCAAGGGGGAUGUAUCCCGAUUCGAAUUAAAAAGAGAGUUGUUAAUAGUAGUAAUAAUGGAUCACCGACCAACACAUCGUCGGGCAAUGAAGGAGGAGCAGCAACAGAAUCAUCGAUGACUAGUGAAAAGAGAGUGGUGUUGGCAGUAGACUAUCAAGUGUUGAUGGUGACUACGGCGGGAGGAUCAUGGGUGUUCCCCAAAGGAUCGGUGAAAAAGAGUGAGACCAAGAAACAAGCUGCCAAACGUGAAACCUUUGAAGAGGCUGGUAUCAAGGGCAAGAUUAUCAAGCGACUCGAACCGAUCCAAGUGGCCGAUCACGCCAAGGGAUGCAACAUCACCUACUACCCGCUACUAGUCACCAAGAAACUCAAAAAGCAAUGGGAUGAAAUGGACAAGCGACAACGCCACUGGGUGUCCAUCUUUACCGACUCUUCCUUUCUCCGCGACGAUACCUUUAAACAACACAUCUUUUAUGCUCUCAACGCUCUCCGCACCUCGAUCAUUGCCGUCUCUUCACAACAUGUCAAUAUCUAUGACAUUGAACCUUCACAUUGGAAGUCUACUCGUGACCAACUCGAAGACUACCUUCUCCUCAAACAACCUGUUGUAGUAGUUGAUAAAAAGAAGAAAAAGAAGAAAUCCAAGCAUUAA